AUGAAGUUCUUCGAAUUAUAUGGAACUCACUAUAUCGUAAAAAUAGUUUUAGGUGGGAAAAUCGUCAUUGAUGAGAAUCUAAGUAGUGGCUCUAGUUCAGAGUCCAAAAAUUUGGACCUAAAUUUGGGCGUGCUUAGAUACCUUGACAAGAGCUCCAACUCCAAAAAUUCGAAUUUGAAUGACAGGAAUAUCAGCAUUUUCGGAGGAACGGUUUGGGACGAUAAUUGGUACAAUGAGCUAAAAACUGACCCUGCUCCUCUAAAAUUCACCCUCGCCACUUAUAACGAGAUAUUUAAGGAGUACAACAUUAACUACAAACAUUACAUUAACACUCUCAAAAAACAUCUUAAAGUGCGUUAA